AUGACUCUACUGACCCUGUUUUGGGAUGUCCUGAGUCAGUCCUCCGGGCCCAGAGAGCGGUGUGCUGAUGGGACCUGCUGCGCCACCAUGAGCUUACAAGAUGGCGGCUGCAGCUACGCCAGCAGCGCCAACAUGGCCACCGCUAGUGGCAGCAUGCGGCGGCGCCUGGAGGACCAGGAGUUCACCCUGCGCGUCUACCCGGGUGCCCUGGCUGAGGGCACCAUCUACUGCCCCGUCAGCGCCCGCAAGAACACCACAGCUGCUGAAGCCAUCGAGUGCCUCAUCGACCGGUUGCGCCUGGAGCGGACCAAAUGCUACGUGUUGGCCGAGGUGAAGGAGUUUGGCGGGGAGGAAUGGAUCCUGAACCCUGGUGACUGCCCUGUCCAGCGGAUGAUGUUAUGGCCGCGAAGCGCCCUGGAGAAUCGCAGCGGUCUGUGCAGCGGCGACGAUUACCGCUUCCUCCUGCGGGAGAAGAACCUGGAUGGAUCUAUCCAUUAUGGCGGCAGCCUGCAGAUGUGGCUGCGGGUGACUGAAGAGCGCCGGCGCAUGGUGGAGCGGGGUUUCCUCCCCCAGCCUGCAGGGAGCGACCCUCCGUCCGACCUGUGCGCUCUCCCAGAGCUGACAGAGCGUGCCCUUUUAGAAAGCCUUCGUGCACGUUUCCGCCAGGAGAAGAUCUACACGUACAUUGGGAGUAUUCUUAUUGUGAUUAACCCGUUCCAGUUCCUGCCCAUCUACAACCCCAAAUAUGUCAAAUUGUACGAUAACCACACGCUGGGGAAGCUGGAGCCCCACAUUUACGCUGUGGCGGAUGUGGCGUAUCACGCCAUGCUGCAGCGGAGGAAGAACCAGUGCAUAGUGAUUUCUGGUGAGAGCGGGUCGGGGAAGACCCAGAGCACUAACUUCCUCAUUCAUCACCUGACCGCACUCAGCCAGAAGGGGUUCGCCAGCGGGGUGGAGCAGAUCAUCCUGGGAGCCGGGCCUGUGCUAGAGGCCUUUGGGAAUGCCAAGACGGCCCACAACAACAACUCCAGCCGCUUCGGCAAGUUCAUCCAGGUCAACUACCAGGAGAGCGGCACUGUCAGGGGAGCCUAUGCGGAGAAGUACCUGCUGGAGAAAUCACGUCUGGUGUACCAGGAGCACAAUGAGAGGAACUACCAUGUGUUUUACUACCUGUUGGCUGGAGCCAGUGAAGAGGAGAGGAAGACCUUCCACCUGCUGAAACCUGAGGAAUACCACUACCUCAACCAGAUGACAAAGAAAUCGCACAAGCUCCACUGGGACAAUUACUAUGAGAGCGAGCUGCAGGACUGCUUCACAGUGGAGGGAGAGGAUCUGAAACACGACUUUGAGCGGCUGCAGCUGGCCAUGGAGAUGGUCGGCUUCCUGCCUGCCACACGCAAACAGAUUUUCUCCCUGCUGUCGGCGAUCCUCCACCUGGGAAACAUCCGCUACAAGAAGAAGACCUACAGGGACGAUUCAAUCGACAUCUGCAACCCAGAGGUGCUGCCCAUCGUCUCAGAGCUGCUGGAGGUGAAAGAGGAGAUGCUGCUUGAAGCGCUGACGACCAGGAAAACUGUGACUGUCGGAGAGAAGCUCAUCGUGCCCUACAAACUUGCUGAGGCGGGCACGGUGAGGGACUCCAUGGCCAAGUCCCUGUAUAGCGCGCUGUUUGACUGGAUUGUGUUCAGGACCAACCACGCUCUGCUAAACAACAAGGAUCUGGAGGACAGUUCAAAGAUCCUGUCCAUAGGAGUCCUGGACAUCUUUGGCUUUGAGGAUUAUGAGAACAACAGCUUUGAACAGUUCUGCAUCAACUUCGCCAACGAACGACUCCAGCACUACUUCAACCAACACAUCUUUAAAUUAGAGCAGGAGGAGUACAGGGCAGAGGGCAUCACCUGGCACAACAUCGACUACAUCGACAACAGCGGCUGCAUCAACCUCAUCAGCAAGAAGCCCACAGCUCUGUUCCACCUGCUGGAUGAGGAGUGCAAUUUCCCCCAGGCCUCCAAUCAGACCUUGCUGGACAAGUUCAAGCGUCAGCAUGAAGGAAACAGCUACAUCGAGUUCCCUGCUGUCAUGGAGCCCGCCUUCAUCAUCAGACACUACGCUGGGAAAGUCAAGUACGGGGUCAAGGACUUCAGGGAGAAGAACACUGACCACAUGCGUCCCGACAUCGUGGCCCUGCUGAAGAGCAGCAAGAACGCCUUCAUCUGCGGCCUGAUGGGAAUCGACCCCGUGGCGACUUUUCGCUGGGCCGUGCUGCGAGCUUACUUCAGAGCCCUGGUGGCUUUCAGGGAGGCCGGCCGCAGACACACCCACAAAAAAACUGGGAAUGAUGCAGCAGUUCCCUGUGCUGUUGUGAAAACCGUUGACAGCUUCAGUUUCCUCCACCACCCGGUUCACCAGAGGAGCCUCGAGAUCCUUCAAAGAUGCAAAGAUGAGAAAUACAGCAUCACUAGAAAGAAUCCGCGCACUCCUUUAUCUGAUCUUCAAGGCACCAACGCCCUGAAUGAGAAAGCCAGCUGGGAUGGCUUCGGUGUUGGCUGUAACGGUCGCAGCUCCAGGUCGAGUCGCCUCUCCUCGACAGGAAGUCCCGCCCUGGAAGAGGACGGGAUCUUCCUCAACUCGACCAACAGCAAGCUCCUGGAGAGAGCUCAGGGUAUCCUACUGAGAAACAAAAACUGCAAAAGCAAGCCGACCCUUCCCAAGCACUUGUUGGACGUCAAGUCUCUGCGCUACCUGAGCAGCGUGACGCUGCACGACCGCAUCACCAAAUCUCUGCUUCACCUGCACAAGAAGAAGAAACCACCCAGCAUCAGCGCACAGUUCCAGGCGUCCCUCACCAAACUGAUGGAGACUCUUGAUCAGUCAGAGCCGUAUUUCGUCAAGUGCAUUCGAUCCAACGCUGAGAAGCUGCCGUUACGUUUCAACGACAGUCUGGUGCUCAGACAGCUCAGAUACACAGGAAUGCUGGAAACCGUCCGGAUCCGCCAAUCAGGAUACAGCAUCAAGUACACCUUCCAGGACUUUGUGCGUCACUUUCACGUGCUGCUGCCUCGAGGCACGAGCCCGACCAAGUCCGGAGUCAGGGAGUUCUUCAGACGGAUCCACCUGCUGCCGGCUGGGUAUCAAGUGGGCAACACCAUGGUUUUCCUGCGGGAGGCGGAGCGUCAGCGACUUCAGACUCUCCUCCAUCAGGAGGUCCUGCGGCGAAUCGUCACGCUGCAGCGCCGCUUCAGGGCCGUCCUGGAGAGGAAGCACUUUGUCAGCAUGAGACGAUCUGCUUGUGCCAUCCAGCGAUGGUGGCGAUGCUGCCUCCUCAAACAGUCCACCAUCGACUCGGGCAUUGAGGAGGAAGCGGCGGUUUGUCUGCAGGCGGCCUGGAGGAGCUUCGCGGAGCGCAGGAGGUUCCUGCAGUGGCGGGACUCCGCCGUCGUCAUACAGAGGAGCUGGAGAAACUGCUGCCAUCGCAGAUCAGUGGCAGCUGUGACGGUUCAAUCAGCCUGGAGAGGAUUCAGAGAGAGGAGCCGCUACUGUCGGAAGCACAGCACUGUGACGCAGCUGCAGGCGCUGGGCAGAGGAUACCUGUCUCGACUCAGGUUCAGAGAACUGAAGGAGCAGCAUGAAACACAGAGACUCAGCGGACAGCAGAGUCCACCAGCAGAGGUGGAUGCAGGAACCAUGGAGGACCUCACCACAUCGGGACAGGAGGAUCAUGCCCAGGACGUCUCUGCAGAACUCUCUGAAGACUCUAAACCAGUUUCGUUGGAUGUGGGAGAGACUGAGAGAGAGGAGGACUCGGAGCGCUGUAGGAGCACGGAUGAGACGAGUCAUAAGAACCGGUCCAAACGAGAGAGCAGACGGAUGAGAGAGCUGGAGCAGGCUCAGUUCAGCUUGGAGCUCCUGAAGGUCCGGACCACCAGUGUGGGAGGUCCUGUGCAAGAGGACUCAGUCCCAGACAGCAGCUGCUCUCAGCUGGAGGAGCCUCACAGACACUCGCCCCGAGGAUCCCCAGCCAGUCAUGGCAGUUUUGAACUGCUCAGUGUAGAGGACAUGGAGACUGAAGGCCCUGGUUUUGGUUCCCAGUCGACAGCCCCUCAAGAACAAACCCAAGCUGUAGAUACUGAGCUACAUGAGGGGCUGAGAGAUUCAAACUACAAUGAAAAGCCUGUGACGGAGGGUCCCAGGGCAACGUUUUAUAUUUCUUCUGACCAAAGUCCAAUUCAUGAACCAAAAUUCGAAAGCCCCAGCAAAUCUUACAAAGAGAGGCGGGAGUCCACGUCGCGAAGGCCGGUAGUGGUUUUAAUCAGUAUGCAGAAGGAGAGCCCAGUGGAUGAGGGGGAGCUGCUGGCAGCCCAAACCCUAGAGAGAGCUCCUCAAACAGGAGAAGCGUCAUCCAGUUCUCAAAUGACCCCCAUUGUCGGCUUAGAGGUGGUAUCAGAGAUGGAGCAGGCUCAUGGGACUGCUAUGCAAGCCAUAAGAGACGUGGACACGUCCUCUAAGGUCCCCUCUUCAGCCGCUCAUGGAUCAAGUCCAGAAGGGAUUUGCUCCUCGGAGGUGGACAUCCAGAUCAUCCUGGAGCCCAAGCCUCCGGUCCCCCCCGAUCAGCAGGAGAGCAAGGUGAUCCAGCCUGUGCAGGAGGCCCCCAGCCCGAUCCUGGACACCAAACCCCCCAAAGCCCAGAAGAAGAGCUCAGCCCAGACUGUGAUUGUGAACAUGGUGGAGAAACCGUCCAACACUGUGUUCUCCCCACCCAGGCGCAAGCUGCCCUUCUCCAAGUCAGAUAAGGAUUUGGUGAACCAGGAAAGAUCUCUAGCCAUGUUCAGAGAUGACUCUAAAUCUGCUGGAUCCAGAAACAGAGAGCAGGUGGGCCGUCCGGGCCCCAAAAAGAAAGCUCGAAUGUCCCGGACGCGCUCCGACUUCCUCACCCGCUGUAACUCUGAGGGGGCGACCCAGUCAGACGACGACGACGAAUACUACAUCCGAGCCCACUCCCGCACGCUGCCCCCCUUCCUGUCUCCCCCACACACCCACCCCGAGGCUGACUGUCACAGUGACUCAGAGAUGCCUUCUCACAAAGACCAGAAGAAGAUCCAUAAGACCAUGUCAUCAGGAGACCUGGGCAAAGUGGAGGUCCUCAGGAAAACAUCCAGUCAAGAUGGAAGGAUGAGAGGGAAGAUGCGAUUCUGGAGUAAGACGAAGCACGGAGAGAAGAAACUGUCCAGAGAGAAGCAGGCGAGCAGGAGUGAAGCUGGAGAGACGCAUGGUGAAUCACCUAAACGCACAAUGAGCCAAGGCCCGUCUCCCCCUCACAGUCCGGACCUGGAGGCGGCUCCCUCUCAGGGGGUGAGGGACAGUAAGGAGAACAAGGAGCCGUCUCCCAAGAUGAGGAGGCGUCGCAGCGUGAAGAUCAGCAGCAUCGCUCUGGAGCCCGCCCAGUGGCAGAACGACGCCCUGCACAUCCUGACGUCGGCCCACGACUACCGCAGCAUGAACGACUUCCUCAUGAAGAAGAUCGCUGACCUGGAUUCUGAGGACAGUAAGAAGGACACCAUGGUGGACGUCGUCUUCAAGAAGGCGCUGAAGGAGUUCAGGAUCAACAUCUUCAAUUCAUACUCCACCGCUCUGGCCAUGGAUGAUGGGAAGAGUAUCCGUUACAAGGACCUUUACGCCUUGUUCGAGCACAUCCUGGAGAAGACCAUGCGUCUGGAGCAGAGAGACUGGAGCGAGUCGCCAGUGAAGGUGUGGGUCAACACCUUUAAGGUCUUCCUGGAUGAAUUCAUGACCGAGUUCAAGCCCAUGGAGGGAACCAUCGGCAGGGCUCCUAAACGUGAGCGCAAGAAGUCGAGGAAGAAGGAAACUGACAUUGUGGAGGAACACAAUGGCCACAUCUUCAAGUCCACCCAGUACAGCAUCCCCACCUACUGCGAGUACUGCUCCUCCCUCAUCUGGAUGAUGGACCGAGCCUGCGUCUGCAAACUGUGUCGCUACGCUUGCCACAGGAAGUGCUGCUCCAAGAUGACAACCAAGUGCAGUAAGAAGUACGAUCCGGAGCUGUCGUCUCGGCAGUUUGGCGUGGAGCUGUCCCGUCUGACCAGCGAGGAGCGAACGGUGCCGCAGCUGGUGGAGAAACUCAUCAACUACAUCGAGAUGCACGGCCUCUACACAGAGGGGAUCUACAGGAAGUCGGGCUCCACCAAUAAGAUCAAAGAACUCCGUCAGGGGCUGGACACAGAUGUGAACAGUGUGAACCUGGACGACUACAACAUCCACGUCAUUGCCAGUGUUCUCAAGCAGUGGCUGCGUGACCUGCCCAGCCCUCUCAUGACCUUUGAACUGUACGAGGAGUUCCUCAGGGCCAUGGGUCAGCCAGACAAGCGGGAGGUGAUCCGAGGGGUGUAUUCUGUGAUCGACCAGCUCAGCAGGACACACCUGAGCACACUGGAGCGCCUCAUCUUCCAUCUGGUCAGGAUCGCCCUGCAGGAGGAGACUAACAGGAUGUCAGCCAACGCCCUCGCCAUCGUGUUUGCUCCCUGCAUCCUUCGCUGCCCCGACACCAUCGACCCGCUGCAGAGCGUCCAAGACAUCAGCAAAACCACUGCGUGUGUGGAGCUGAUCAUCAACGAGCAGAUGAGAAAGUACAAAGCUCGUCUGAAGGACAUCAACAGUCUGGAGUUUGCAGAGAGCAAAGCCAAGAGCAGACUGACCCACAUCAGGAAAUCCAUGAAACCUGUACUAAUUGCUGUUAGGUUUAUGAGCAUAACCCGCACUGCCACCCCGCCUAACACAGCUAAACUUAAGAGCAAAAGCCGUGUUCGACAAAACAGCGGGCACACGGCCUCGCCUCCUCAGAGCCCCCGAGUGCCUCCUGAGGGAGGAGGAGGAGGAGAGGAUGCAGCAGAGGCUGGGCUGAACGAGCAGCAGCAGCUGGCAAUGCAGCAGGAGGAGCGAAUCCUCACUGAGCAGAUCGAGAGUCUGCAGAAAGAGAAGGAGGAGCUGACCUUUGAGAUGUUGAUCUUGGAGCCGCGGGCGUCCGACGAUGAGACUCCUGAGUCUGAGGCCUCCAUCGGGACAGCAGACAGCUCUGAAAAUAUCACCAUGGAGACCAAGGGCGCCACCUCAGACCCCUCUGACCGCGGCACGUAUCGCUCCAGGAAGUCGGAGACAAAGAGCAGACGAGCUCUGCGCCGUCAGCCGGACUCCCAGGACUCCGCAGACUCCACCUCCACCGUCUCCUCCUCCUACCACCCCUCCUCCUCACUCUCCUCUAAUGCCUCCGGCUCUCCGUCCCCUCACUACCGGUUCCGCUCCUCCUCCUCCGGGCCCCUGCUCACCUCCUGCGGCUUGGGGGCCCCGUUGGCCGAGGCGGAGGGGGGUCACAGAACCGGCAAGACCCAGCACAGGCUCAGGCUGAGCCGCAGCUCACCACGCGAGCCCUCGGGAAGCCACAGGAGGGAGUCGGACUUCAGCUCGGGGCCACAGCAGCUGGUUCUGUACGGCAGCAACGAGUUCAUGGUGUGAAGCCGAGGAGGGAAGGAACGCCAGCCGACGCCUGUUCAAGCGCAGGAGGGUGGCCGAGAAGGGGAGGAGGGAGAGUCCGGGGUUGGACGAGGCCGGUCACAGGGCGAAGUUCAUGCCCAAUGUUGCCUGCUGCCCCUCCCCAGUGCCCACCCCCCUCCUCCCCUGGUCCAGUCAAAGCAGAAAGCUGCUUGAAUCAAAGAAGAGAAGACUGGACAUAUUCAACAGAGGGACAAAACAACAGAUGGUCAAAGGAGGAAGACUGACGACUAAUGUGAAAAACAGAAAUAGAGCGAAGCGAAAAGUUAGUUGACCCUCUGAUCUCAGUGCUGUUUGACCCCCGCUGGAGCACCGGGGGUCGGUUAGAGGAGAGAGAAGAAGAAGAAGAAGGGAAGGACGAGUGGUGAGACACAGAAAAACCCACACCUGCAAAGCCAAAUCUUACAGUGCCCUGUCUUUAUUUUUUAGCAUGUGGGCAGGUGGUCAAAGCCACCCAGAAGAAAUGUAGCCAUACGACUGAACUGGUGGACGUGUUGUCUGUAACCAGCGCCAAGCUAGUCUGCUUCUCACGUUUACACAGGACACACCAGCCAAGAGGCUGCAUGCUUCUCCAUCACACUUUUUCCUACGUCAGUUUGAAAAAACUGUACAGAAAUAUGUCACAACUGUAUGUUACAUAUUAUUAUUAUUAU